GCUGUUGCUGUGGAGCUCAGACAGACACUGAGGACAGCACAUGUGAGACAUCAGAGCAGACAGCAGACAGACGGGCAGAGAGACGCUCUACCUGGACAUGGAUCACCUGUUGGUGCUGUUGCUGUUGCUGUGGAGCUCAGCACUGCAGACUGAAGGAACACCCAACUCAGCAGAGUCUGAGGAGGUCAGGUUGGUGGGAGGAGACAGUCGCUGUGCAGGAACACUGGAGGUGAAAAAUGAUGGAGACUGGAGACCAGUGGAUGGCUUCAGCUGGACCCUGAAGGAAGCAAAUGUUGUCUGUAGAAAUCUGGACUGUGGUUCUGCUGUUUCUGUAGUAGAGAGAGAGGAGUCUUCAUACAGACCUGUGUGGGGGAUCUACUCUGACUGUGUUCAGUCUGGAUCUUCUCUGAGGGAGUGUGCAAUAUCAGUUUCCUCUUCCUCCAUCCUGAAUCUCACCUGUUCAGACUCUGUCAGGCUGGUGGAUGGGUCUAGUCUGUGCUCAGGCAGACUGGAGGUGAAGUCUGACCAGUCUAACCAGUGGUGGUCCUCAGUGUGUGAAGAUGACUUUGACCAGCAGGAUGCAGAGGUGGUCUGUAGGGAGCUCGGCUGUGGGGCUCCUUCAGUCCUCCAGGGGGCGCUCUAUGGAGAAGUGGAGGCUCCAAUGUGGACCAAAGAGUUCCAGUGUGGAGGCCAUGAGUCUGCUCUCCUGGACUGUAGAAGCUCAGGCUCAGCUAGAAACACCUGCUCACCUGGAAAAGCUGUUGGACUCACCUGCUCAGAGUCUGAGGAGGUCAGGUUGGUGGGAGGAGACAGUCGCUGUGCAGGAACACUGGAGCUGAAACAUAAUGGAGACUGGAGACCAGUGGGGGGCCGAGACUGGAACAUGAAGGAAGCAAAUGUUGUCUGUAGAAAUCUGGACUGUGGUUCUGCUGUUUCUGUAGUAAAGAGAAAGGAGUCUUCAGGCAGACCUGUGUGGUGGAUCGACUCUGACUGUGUUCAGUCUGGAUAUUCUCUGAGGGACUGUGCAAGAUCAGUUUCCUCUCCCUCCAUCCUGAAUCUCACCUGUUCAGACUCUGUCAGGCUGGUGGAUGGGACUAGUCUGUGCUCAGGCAGACUGGAGGUGAAGUCUGACCAGUCUAACCAGUGGUGGUCCUCAGUGUGUGAAGAUGACUUUGACCAGCAGGAUGCAGAGGUGGUCUGUAGGGAGCUCGGCUGUGGGGCUCCUUCAGUCCUCCAGGGGGCGCUCUAUGGAGAAGUGGAGGCUCCAAUGUGGACAAAAGAGUUCCAGUGUGGAGGCCAUGAGUCUGCUCUCCUGGACUGUAGAAGCUCAGGCUCAGCUAGAAACACCUGCUCACCUGGAAAAGCUGUUGGACUCACCUGCUCAGAGUCUGUCAGGUUGGUGCGAGGAGACAGUCGCUGUGCAGGAACACUGGAGCUGAAACAUGAUGGAGACUGGACACCAGUGAUUGGCUUAGGCUGGACCCUGAAGGAAGCAAAUGUUGUCUGUAGAAAUCUGGACUGUGGUUCUGCUGUUUCUGUAGGAGAGAGAGAGGAGUCUUCAGUCAGACCUGUGUGGUGGAUCGACUCUGACUGUGUUCAGUCUGGAUCUUCUCUGAGGGACUGUGCUAUAUCAUAUCCCUCUUCCUACAUCCUGACUCUCACCUGUUCAGACUCUGUCAGGCUGGUGGAUGGGACUAGUCUGUGCUCAGGCAGACUGGAGGUGAAGUCUGACCAGUCUAACCAGUGGUGGUCCUCAGUGUGUGAAGAUGACUUUGACCAGCAGGAUGCAGAGGUGGUCUGUAGGGAGCUCGGCUGUGGGGCUCCUUCAGUCCUCCAGGGGGCGCUCUAUGGAGAAGUGGAGGCUCCAAUGUGGACCAAAGAGUUCCAGUGUGGAGGCCAUGAGUCUGCUCUCCUGGACUGUAGAAGCUCAGGCUCAGCUAGAAACACCUGCUCACCUGGAAAAGCUGUUGGACUCACCUGCUCAGAGUCUGAGGAGGUCAGGUUGGUGGGAGGAGACAGUCGCUGUGCAGGAACACUGGAGCUGAAACAUGAUGGAGACUGGAGACCAGUGAGGGGCUUCGGUUGGACCUUGAAGGAAGCAAAUGUUGUCUGUAGAAAUCUGGACUGUGGUUCUGCUGUUUCUGUAGGAGAGAGAGAGGAGUCUUCAGUCAGACCUGUGUGGUUGAUCUACUCUAACUGUGUUCAGUCUGGAUCUUCUCUGAGGGACUGUGCAACAUCAAGAUCCUCUUUCUACAUCCUGAAUCUCACCUGUUCAGACUCUGUCAGGCUGGUGGAUGGGACUAGUCUGUGCUCAGGCAGACUGGAGGUGAAGUCUGACCAGUCUAACCAGUGGUGGUCCUCAGUGUGUGAAGAUGACUUUGACCAGCAGGAUGCAGAGGUGGUCUGUAGGGAGCUCGGCUGUGGGGCUCCUUCAGUCCUCCAGGGGGCGCUCUAUGGAGAAGUGGAGGCUCCAAUGUGGACCAAAGAGUUCCAGUGUGGAGGCCAUGAGUCUGCUCUCCUGGACUGUAGAAGCUCAGGCUCAGCUAGAAACACCUGCUCACCUGGAAAAGCUGUUGGACUCACCUGCUCAGAGUCUGAGGAGGUCAGGUUGGAGGGAGGAGACAGUCGCUGUGCAGGAACAUUGGAGCUGAAACAUAUUGUAGACUGGAGACCAGUGGUUGGCUUCGGCUGGACCAUGAAGGAUGCAAAUGUUGUCUGUAGAAAUCUGGACUGUGGUUCUGCUGUUUCUGUAGUAGAGAGAAAGGAGUUUUUAGGCAGACCUGUGUGGUGGAUCGACUCUGACUGUGUUCAGUCUGGAUCUUCUCUGAGGGAGUGUGCAAUAUCAGGUUCCUCUUCCUCCAUCCUGAAUCUUACCUGUUCAGACCUGCUGGUUCGGCCCAACAUCUCUGUGUCCUCCUCCACGUACGGGGUCUCUGAGGCCCAGCAGCAGGAGUUUCGGGUGCUCAGGGGCUCCACCUUCACCAUCAGCUGCUCCAUCCAGCCACAGUACCCAGGAGGCUCCUUCCAGCUCACCUUCACCUCCUCCAACACAACGCACAACUACACCCAGCCAGCUGUCAAUCACUCUGCCCACUUCCUGUUUCCUGCUGCAGAGCCCGCCCACCAAGGAAACUACAGCUGUGUUUAUCACGUCUAUGUUUUCUCUCAUAACUUCUCCUCUGAGAGCCGUCUGCUCUCUCUCACUGUCUCAGAUCCAUCAGUUCAUCAUCACUUCAUCAGAGUGGUCCUCCUGCUGCUGACUCUGCUGUUGGUGAACACUGCCCUCUGUUGCUGCUGUAAGGCCUGCAGGGGGCAGAAGCCGGGCAGACAGGAGAACAUUGAGCUGGAUGAUUAUAACCUGGGUGUUCCUGCAGCUGGAGGAGGGCCGACUGAAGAGGAAGGAGCUCAGGGAGCAGAAUUAAAGCGCCUGGUAUACUCGACGCAGUCGAGCUGUUGCGCAACAACGUGACGUCAAAAUGACAUAGAUCUCGCUGGCGCGCAAGGAUUUUAUCCCAGUCGCGCCGUGUCGCCACAGCCGGAAACGGGAAGAUGGAUGAGUU